UCACCGCCGCCGCGGGGGUCACCGCCGCCGCGGGGGUCACCGCAGCCGCGGCCACCGACCCCACCGGCAAGAGCACCGAAGCCCUCGUCAUGGAGCCAUUCGGCGAGCCUGAUGUGGGCUACAGAUCAGGAGGAGGUGGCGAUGAUGAUGCUGGUGGUGGUGGUGCAGGGAGGAAACCAUCUCUCUUCAGGGCCAUGCUGCGCACCUACAGGAGGCCUCUGAUCGAGAGUGCGAUCUUCAAGCUGAUCUACGACCUCCUGGUGUUCGUGAAUCCCCAGGUCCUCAAAGCGAUGAUCUCCUUCACGGACGACCCGCGCAUCUACGAGUGGAAGGGCUACGUCUACGCCGUGGUGCUCCUUCUCACCGCUCUGCUGCAGUCCGUACUGCAGCAGCAGUACUUCCUGCGCUGCUUCCUCAUCGGCAUGCGCGUGCGGUCCGCCACCAUCGGACUCAUCUACCAGAAGUCGCUGACCAUCUCCAACGGCGCGCGCAAGCACUGCACCGCUGGCGAGACGGUGAACCUCAUGUCGGCCGACGCGCAGCGCUUCAUGGACGUGGCGCCCUUCCUCCACCUGGUGUGGUCGGCGCCACUGCAGAUCGCCCUGUCACUCGCCUUCCUGUGGGCUGAGCUGGGGCCCGCCUCGCUGGCGGGGCUCGCCGUCAUGGUGCUGGUGGUGCCCGUGAACGCUCUGCUCGCCACGCGCUCCCACCUGCUGCAGAUGCAAAACAUGAAGGUGAAGGAUGAGCGCAUCAAGCUGAUGAACGAGAUCCUGAACGGAAUCAAGAUCCUCAAGUACUUUGCGUGGGAGCUGUCCUUCGAGGAGAUGGUGACGCACAUCCGCGGCAGGGAGCUCAGAGUCAUGAAGAGUUUCUCCUACCUCACCUCCAUCUCCUUCUUCAUCUUCGCUCUCACUCCCUUCCUGGUGUCGCUGGCGAGUUUUGGAGUCUACAUCGCCGUGGACGAGAGCCACGUGCUGGACGCCCAGAAGGCGUUCACCUCGCUGGCGCUCUUCAACAUCAUGCGCAUCCCCAUGGCCAUGAUCCCGCUUCUCAUCUCCUUCCUGGUGCAGGCGGGCGUGUCGGUGAGGAGGAUGGAGAAGUUCCUCAUGAACGACGACAUCGACGCCGCGUCCAUCCAGAAGAACCCAGACCUGGAUUGCGCAAUCCGCAUUGAGAACGCCUCGUUCACGUGGGACAGGGAGGACCCACAGCCGACGUUGAUAGACCUGUCCCUCGUCAUCCCCCACGGCAGCUUGGUGGCCGUGGUGGGCCAGGUUGGCUCGGGGAAGUCCUCGCUCAUCGCCGCGUUGCUCGGAGAGAUGGAGCGGCUUCACGGGUCCACCGAGUUGAAGGGCUCGCUGGCCUACGUGCCCCAGCAGGCGUGGAUCCAGAACGCGACGCUGCAGGACAACAUCCUCUUCGGAGCGCCGAUGGAGCGCGCUCGCUACGGGGAAGUGCUGCAGGCGUGCGCCCUCGUGCCGGACCUCCUCACGCUCCCUGCCGGGGACCAGACGGAGAUCGGCGAGAAGGGAGUGAACCUGUCGGGCGGCCAGCGACAGCGUGUGUCGCUGGCACGCGCCCUCUACAGCUCGGCUGACCUCUUCCUGCUGGACGACCCGCUCUCCGCCGUGGACGCCCACGUGGCCAAGCACCUCUUCAGCCACGUCAUCGGCCCCCGCGGCCUCCUCAAGGGCAAGACGCGUGUGCUGGUCACCCACUCGGUGUCGGUGCUGCCGCUGGUGGACGUGGUGGUGGUGCUGUCCGCCGGCCGCAUCUCCGAGGUCGGGCCCUACCAGCAGCUCGUGAGCCAGGGCCGCCACUUUGCCGACUUCCUGCGAGCGUUCGCCGGGCACCGGACGCCCACGGAGGGGACGACGGAGCGCGACGCAGGCACCGUGCUGGAGGAGGAUGAGUUGGCUCCGCUGGACCCGUGUCCCCGUGCGGACGAGCCGCCUGGAGACGCGGUCACCAUGACGCUCCGCAGACACAGCAGCCAACGCAUGCGGAGCGCGAGCACGAGGCUGAGGGCUGCGUCCACGUGGAGCGACACUCAUUCGGUGCACGGCACCACCACCACCACCACCGCCACCACCACCGCCACCGCCAUGGAGGAGGCGACCAGGAAAUCAGCGACGCUCAUCGAGAGGGAGAACAUUGAGACGGGCAACGUGAAGAUGCGCGUGUACCUGCAGUACGUGCGCGCCAUGGGCCCAGUCUUCCCGCUGCUCAUCCUCGCCGGAUACUUCUUGCAGACGGUCGCCUCCAUAGGGCAGAACUUCUGGCUGAGCGCGUGGACGGCCGACGCUCUGAGCACCGUCAACGCCACCGCCGGCAACGCCACCGCCGGCAACGCCACCGCCGCCGCCGCGGCCAAACCCACGGUCAGCGCCGGCGUCCGUAUCGGGGUCUACGGAGUGCUUGGACUCGCGCAAGGCAUGGCGGUGUUGCUGGGCUCCGUGAUGACGGCCGUGGGCACCAUCCGGGCGGCUCGGGUCCAGCACAGCGGCCUCCUGCACAACGUCCUGCGCCUGCCCAUGGCCUUCUUCGACACGACUCCCAUGGGGCGCAUCGUCAACCGCUUCGCCAAGGACAUGAACGCGAUCGACGAGAUGAUCCCAAUGUCGGUGAGGCCGUGGCUCAUCAGCCUCUUCAACGUCCUGGGCACCAUGGUGGUGAUCUGUGUGGCGACGCCGAUCUUCACCGCAAUCGUGGUCCCACUCACCAUCCUCUACUUCUUCCUGCAGCGCUUCUACAUGAAGACGUCUCGCCAGCUUCGCCGGCUGGACGCGGUGUCCCGCUCGCCCAUCUACUCACACUUCGAGGAGACGGUGCAGGGCCUGGGCGUGAUCCGCGCCUACGGCCACGCGGAUCGCUUCCUGCGUCACAACGAGAGCCUCGUGCAGCGCAACCAGGCGUGUGUCUACCCCUGGGUGGUGUCCAAUCGGUGGCUGUCGAUCCGCCUGGACGUGGUGGGAGCCCUCGUGGUCUUCUUCGCGAGCCUCUUCGCUGUGCUGGCGCGGGGCACCGUGGACGGUGCCAUUGUUGGGCUCUCCAUCUCCUACGCGCUCAACGUGACGCAGACGCUGAACUGGCUGGUGCAGCAGACGUGCGAGCUGGAGACGAACAUCGUGGCGGUGGAGAGAGUGCGGGAGUACAGCGAGGAGCAGAACGAGGCCGCGUGGGUGGUGGAGGAGGCGCGUCCACCCCAGAGUUGGCCGGCCCGUGGUGCCGUGGUGUUUGAGGACUUCGCCGUUCGCUACCGCCCGGGACUCCAACUCGUCCUCAAGGGCAUCAGCUGCAGCGUGCAGCCCGGGGAGAAGAUUGGCAUCGUGGGGCGCACGGGCGCGGGCAAGUCCUCGCUGGCCAGCUGCCUCUUCCGUCUGGUGGAGCCGGCGCACGGAGCCAUCCGCAUCGACGGCGUGGACAUCGCCCACCUGGGGCUGCACGAUCUGCGCUCGAAGCUUACCAUCAUCCCGCAGGACCCCGUGAUCUUCUCGGGCUCCCUGCGCAUGAACCUGGACCCCCUGGGGCAGCACGGGGACGAGGCGCUGUGGGCGGCGCUGGAGCAGUCCAACCUGGGGGUGUUCGCCCGCGGCCUGGCACAGGGCCUGCGGCACGAGCUGAGCGAGGGGGGCGACAACCUCAGCGUGGGGCAGAGGCAGCUGCUGUGCCUGGCGCGGGCUCUACUCCGCGGGAGCCGAAUUCUCAUCCUGGACGAGGCCACGGCCGCCGUGGACCUGGAGACGGACGGCCUCAUCCAGGGCACGCUGCGAAGCGCCUUCCACUCGCAGACCGUUCUCACCAUCGCUCACCGCUUACACACCGUCAUGGACUACACGCGGUGA